AUGCCCCCCGCCGCUGGAGGCGCGCCGCCGGACCUCGAUCCCGUACGCCAAGCGAAUCAGCAGCGGUUCUCGCGCGACCUCGAGUUUCUUUCGGCGCUCAGCAACCCGUUUUACCUGCACCAGCUAUCGCAGCAGGGCUACUUUGACGACCCCGCGUUCCUGCGCUACCUCAACUACCUCGACUACGUUCGCGCGCCUGCGUACGCCAAGUACCUCACAUACCCCCAGGCACUGUACUUCCUUGGCCUCUUGAAGCAUGCGUCUUUUCGCUCUGCCGUCGCUGACUCGGCGUGGCCCCACGACACGGCUGCCCGCCAGAUUGCUCACUGGGCUACGUGGCGCCGGCCUGCGGACGUUCCAUUCGACACUCCUCCGCGCCUGCGUGACGAGGACAUCCGCGCGCCGCUCGUGCGCCUCGUGGACCCCGCGUCGGGGCAGCUGCAAGGGCCGUUUCAGCCGAGCGACAUCCUCGCCAAGAUCGACCGCAAGGCAUACGCCCUGCUCCAGGUGACCGAGGCGCCGGCGGAGGCACGCGACCGCGCCGAGUGGCACAUCAGCGAGCUGCCCAUCUGCCGGCUCAUCAGCAAGCGCCAGGCGUACCAGAAAGAGCGCGAGAAGAAAAAGGCGCCGCCGCGCGCCGCGCCGCCCAAAGUCCUGCAGCUGUCGUGGAACGUCACGGAAAACGACCUCACACACAAGGUCGCACGCGCACGCAAGGAUCUCGAGCGCGGCGCGCGCCUCCGCACCGUCAUUGUCUCGAAAAAAGGCACGCCCCGCGUGCUCCCUGGCAGCCAGGAAGACGAGCGGCGCAUCGGGCUUGUCGACACGCUCCUCCGCGACCUGUGUGCGCCGCACGCCGAUAGCGACGCCGAUAUCGCGCGCGUGGUCCAGGGCCCCACAUGGAAGAACGGCCGCUCCCUCGUAGAGUGGACGCUCGACGCCGUCGCGCCGUAG